GAGGAAACCGGUUUAAUACAAUUGUAGAAAACCAAAACCCAAUAACCGGAAAUUAAACUCUCUACCCGUUGCGUGUAGAGGUUUGAUGCCACCGUCAUCGUCCAGCGUUGACGAUUGAAAAAAACAAAUCGAAGAGAUCCAAACCCUAAAUCACGAGACUUUUCUGAUUCAUUGAUGAAUUGAAGUAAUCAGAUUUCAAAUCCAAAGAUGGAAAGAGACAAUGAAACGAUGUCUUAUUCAUCUUCUUCAUCCUCUGCUGCGUCAUCGCUCGCAGCGAAGGCGAUUAGAGCAUCUUCUGCGCAUAGAGACUCUUCACUUUCCUCCGCCUACUCUUCUUCUUCUCCUCCCGUCCCCACUCCCCCAAAGGAGGUGGUGAAGAAGAAGACUGAUCAUGAGUACACGUCUAUGAAAAGUUUGAACGAGCCUAAACGAAGCUUUUGGGGAAGUCUUGCUAGUAAAGCCAAAGCUCUUUUAGAUGAGGAUGGCCCUCAACAACAACAACCACCGUCCACUAGAUUGGAGGAGCAUAAAAACGUGCCUUCACGAACUAAGGAAGCUGGUAGGAAAACAGAGAAUCCUUCAUUACAGAGAAGCUUAGAUGCCAUCACUUCUUCCUUAAAUUACAUUGGCACUGCCGUUGAGGAGGGUAUUACAGCUGUGGAGAACCGUACUGCUGGCAUCAUUCAAGAAACACGUAAAAAGAUUAAGAAAAAGCCUAGUCUUUCUCGGAACCAGCACAACCCUGAGAUUCAAGCUGAUUUGGAGAUUCAACUUAAGGCUUCUCGCGACGUUGCAAUGGCCAUGGCUGCCAAGGCAAAGCUUCUUCUUAGGGAGCUGAAGAUGGUGAAAUCUGACCUGGCCUUCGCAAAGCAGCGAUGCGCUCAGCUCGAAGAAGAAAAUAAGGUUCUCAGGGAGAAUCAUAACGGCGAAAACAGCCAAACGGAUAACGAUGAUCUGGUGCGACUUCAACUUGAGACGUUAUUGGCUGAGAAGGCUCGCUUAGCUCACGAGAACUCGAUAUACACUCGUGAAAAUCUCUAUCUGAGAGGAGUGGUUGAAUACCACCAGCUCACGAUGCAAGAUGUAGUCUAUUUUGAUGAGAAGACUGAAGAAGUAACUGAGGUAUAUCCCAUUAGUGUCACUUCAGUGUCUUCUUCAUCAGAUAUCUCUCACACUCCACCAAACCCACAAGUCUUGGAGUUCAAGUGACUCUCUGUUCUUGUAGUGAAUCAGACAACAAAGACAAAUCGUUGUCUGUAAUCGCUCUGUAUCUGUAGAAAUAUAUGUACGUUGUUGUAUACUCUCUUUGUUUUUCGGGGUGGGGGUCUUAAGAAUUUAGCUAUGCAUGUUAAUUAUACCCUUAAUUAUUGAAAAAUAAAUGUUCUAUAGUUCCCAUGAAAGAUUACUUGCUGUAGAAAUUAGUCAAUUAUUAUAGGAUCUCUCUUAUAAAAUUACAAUAACAAUUUUUUGUUUUUGUUUUUGACAUCACAAUAACAAUAUUUAUUAAGGUAUAUUACAAAGGUUGCAUAGGCUAUACGACUGUGUGUUUUGUUGUGGCUGUUUCUUAUUGAAAUACAUUUUGGUAGUUUAGAAAGCUAGAACACCUUCUCUUAACAUAGAUUGGCCUGGAAUGGCUUGACUAGGGGAACCAGUGAGCCACUUAGGUGCAUCGACAUGACUUCAUUGGUCGAACCCACGAGCUUCCCACCCACAAAGAUGGCUGGGACCGGUGUGGAACACCCGAGCCUCAUUAGGGCUUUCUCAAUCUCACGACAAUCAGGGUCCUUAUCAAUCUCAUGGACGCUAGGAUGAACCCCAAGGUCUUGGAAGAGGACUUGGACUGCAUAGGACAUGCAACACGAGCUCUUGCUGAAUAUAACCACUCCUUUCUCUGAAGACAUUCUCACAACUUUCUCCAUGGUUUCGUGAAGGAAGUUUCACUCAAUCUUAGGGCUUGUUUCUUGAUGAAGAAGAAAUAAAAUCUCACUUUGUUUCCUUCUAGUAGACUGAAAGAGAUUUAAAACUGAAAGCUGCCCAUAACCUUGUCUUUGAGUGAAGAAAAUAGUUUUUUUUUGUGUGUAUACUACAGUAUU